AUGGAGUACGCGUGGUAUCUAGUCUCACGCCUGGACUGCCCAGCUGGUGCUGACGCCGAUGAUAAUGCCCACAACGUCCAUUGCCCCAUCUCUCCCAAUCGCAUCGACCAAUUUCUGCCCGGUCGUCGCCUACCGAUGGAAUCUGGCAAUUAUUUCAUCAACGAUAAUUAA